AUGGCGCCCAGCAGUAUGCAGAUAUCGACAUCGGAGGAGAUUGGAACGGCAGGCACGGACCUUAAGGUUCAAGAUUCCCUUCGGGUCGAGGAGUCCCACGUACUGCAGGACCGAAACAUCGGGGUCUUCGGGGCAAUUUCUCUGGUGGUGAACAAGAUUGUCGGGGCUGGGAUAUUUUCCACGCCCGCUACCAUUUUCCAAUUGAGCGGCAGUGUGGGAAUGGCCCUGCUGAUCUGGGUUAUCGCCGGCCUCAUAUCGACGUGCGGGGCCCUGGUGAUGUUGGAACUGGGUACUCGGAUGCCAAGGUCAGGUGGAAUGAAGGUGUACUUGGAGGCCGCAUUUGCACCAAAGCUCCUAGUCACCUGUAUAUACUUGUUCUACUGCAUCUUCUUGCAGGUCUCUGCAAGUAAUGCGAUCACCACGUCUAGCUACCUGCUCCAAGCCGCCGGGGUGGACGGCACCACCUGGCGAUUGCGAGGUCUAGCCAUCGCGGCUUCGGCAUUCGCGGUGGGCAUUCACACGGUGUGGCCUCGAGGCGGCAAGACUUUGCAAGACCUACUUAGUCUGGUCAAACUGGUCAUCUUGCUGUUCAUUGUUUGUACCGGAUUUGCAGCUCUGGCCGGCCACGUGCCGAACACACACAACUUCGAUCUGUCGACUUCGUUUCGCGGAACAUCGAAUGAUGGCUACAGCAUUGGCACAGCCUUGCUAAAUGCCAUAUUCGCAUUCCACGGUUACGAUAAUGUGAACACAGUGCUAUCGGAAGUUCGCAACCCCCACAAAACCCUUCGCAUUGCCCUGCCCGCGGCAAUGGGGAUAAUCACGGUGCUGUACAUCCUUGCCAACAUUGCAUACUUUGCAGCAGUACCAAGAGACGAGUUUCUCCACAGCGAAGUCACAAUUGCCGCCAACUUGUUUUCAAAUGUAUUUGGCCAAUCUGCGGCGGUCAAAGCACUACCGGCUUUGGUAGCUAUAUCUGCCCUGGGACACCUUCUGGGAAUCGCCUUCACCGUUCGUAAGUAG